GAACUAUGAUGUUAGAAAGCUAGUCUUAUCAACGUUGCAAUCACCGACUGGUGGCCUUGUAGUAGAGCGUUCUCUUUCAAUGCAGGUUCAAAAUCCGGUUGAGUCAUGUCAGAGAUUAUAAAAGUGUAAAUCCAUCCUUUCUGCUCAACAUUCAGCAUGAGAAUUGGAUUGACAUCACAGGCGGUUGUCUAGUUAAGCGAUUGCUAUGCUUGCACGACUUUCGUAGACCAAAUGGGAGCUUUAAAUGCACUAGGACCCCCUUCGCGGGACCCUCGUUGAUAGCAGUACCAAUAGGAACUGAAAAGGUCAUCCUGGGUAAAAGAUUUUGAUAAUAAUAAUAAUAAUCGAGCGUGCUAUGGAUACUAAACUGCGGCGUUUAUUAAAGAGCGGCGUUUAAAGAUUUGAAGUUUUCUCAAUCAAGUAAUUAAAAACAUGCAGAAAAUGAUGAGCAUAUUCUUAUAUUGAGAUGUACAGAGCUACUGUGAUAAACGCAGGUGUCGCACGCAUCAUUGGUUUUAAGCCACACUGUAUUUAUAAUAUUUUCUUGCAAGAACAACAUGGAGGAAAAGGAGAAAGAUUUUUUGUAAAGUUUGUUUAGAUGUACGAAUUUUAGUUUUUAGUUUUAGUUUUUUACAGACAAAGCAGAAAGAAGAUUUUUUAAAAAAAAGAUAUUAAAUUGUGUAGUAUAACUUUGUGCAUAGUUAACGUGGAUGAAGAAACAAAGCUAAAGAUGACUCGAUAUGUCCUUAUUUCCUGUUCUUGCUAUACUAUCGAUAUGCCUUUUGCUGGUACUAGUGAUAGUUCUAGUGAUACUAUAUUUCACAGUGUUCAAAAAGAACCUUUGUUGCCCGACAAAGGAAGAAGGGGAGCCAAUUGUAAAUCCGCCGCAGGAUGGUACACAGACGAAUCCUGCAGGACCCGAUCAACCACAAAUUUCGGUGGAUGGGACAGAUGGAGCAACAGGUGGGGGAGGUGGAGGAAAUGGAGGUGGACUUCCUCCAGUCGUAGGAGGUGGUGUUGAUCCUCAACCAGGAUCGACAACUAUCACCGCUUUAGUCAAUGCAACAUUGCCAGGAACUCCAAGUGAUAGAAUGACUUUAGCUCCUCCUGCUCCUUCAGUUGCAGGUGCAGGAGAUAGCGUAUCUACAGCAGGUGACCCAGUUGGUUUUGAUCCGGAAGAAGCAGAACCAUUGUGUGUCGCAGGAAAAAUUUUGAUUCAAUUUACAUAUAUGCCUGCCGCAAAUAAAAUAAAUUUAACAGUUAUACGUGCUAGUGAUAUACCUCCAGUGGAACGUGGGGGUGCCGAUUAUAUACAAGUACAUUUAUGUGUAUUACCAAUGAGAAAACAAAGAUACAGAACUAAAGCUGUUCCAGCGAGUAAAGGUGUCAUUAAUAUGACUUUCUCAUUUAUACAUAUGACUCCAGAUCUAGUUGAGAAAUGUGCUAUUCGUCUUCGUGUUUACAGUACUCAAAGAUUUAGCAAAAGAUUGAUAGGUGAAGUCAAAGUAUCGUUAGCUCAAAUUGAUUUGACAAGUCCUUUAGCAGACGAACAAAUUUGGAAAAACCUUUCACCAAAAGGUCUUGUGAAUGAUGUUCCCGAUCCAUCAUACAAUCUGAGUGAGUUAUCAAGUGCUGCAAGUUUUGGCGAUGUUACAUCGGUACCAGAGUUGCUAGUCAGCUUACAUUAUGUGGAUUUGGUUGGUCGACUAACAGUGGAAGUUAUAAGAGCUGCAAACUUGAACAUUAAAAACAACCCUGUUUUACCUGAUACAUUCGUGAAAAUUAAGGUUGUCUCUGGUGAAGGCAAAAAGAUUGGAAAAAGCAAAACUUCCUUAAGAAAUCAAUCUUCGGAUCCUGAAUUCAAUGAAACAUUUGUUUAUCCAAUGUCACCAGAGGAUUUGAAACAGGCCACAAUGAUGUUUACCGUUUUUGCUGUUGGAAGACGAAGAAGAAAGAAAAGAACAAUUAUUGGAUGGUUUGCAUUCGGACUGAACACUUCAGGAACAUGUGAGACAAAUCACUGGAAAGAAAUGAUACAAAAUCCAGAUUGUGAUGUAUGUCAUUGGCAAGCUCUACAAACAGCUGGAUAGUUAGCACGUAUAACUGUCGAAUUUAUUUUAUUUGUUUUUAUUUUUUAUAUGUACAAUUCCUGGAACGUGAACACAGCUAUUUCAAAAUAUUGACUGUAUUUCAAGUAACAAAAUUUACAGUUUUACACGACUUGUGUUUCCAGGGCACGUUUUAUGCCGUUUUUUUUAAUUUUUUUGUAAAAUUAUGUAUAAAUAGUUUUGUUGUAACAUAUUACUUAUUUUUUAUGCUUAUGUAAAUAUAUUGAAUUACAGUGCCA